UUAUACGUGAGCAAAGUUGAUCCGGGUUCGCCACGCGCCGAGCGUAAAUUUUCAGCCGCGACCGCGCCAUCGAUGAAAACAAAGUGGCUGAAAGCAUUUAGAAGCCUAAAACCGGCUUCCGGUUCAGCACCAGCCGAUAGUCAACCACGUCCAAAUCAAAUGUAUCACGCCGUCUCAACUGUUUUGACCUUAAGGCGCAAUGGAGCCGCCGGCACAUCAUCCCAACCGCUGCGUCCCAACGAGGAUGGCAGUCAUCAUUUGCAGGAAUACACGUACAAAAAGAUAACCGCCUGCGAUGUUUGCUCACAAAUAUUACGAGGCCACACACGUCAGGGAUUGCGCUGUCGCAUCUGUAAACUCAAUGCGCAUGGCGAUUGCGCUUCUCAACUGCCCCGCUGCCAGCCCAAGCAGAAACUACUGCGACGUCAGAAAAGCACAUCAGAGCUGGAGAAUCGCGUCGAUGUCGAAGAAGAAAAAUAUGCCGACAUCGAUCAAAUCUAUCGCGUACUCAAACAAGCCGGUGAACUCAAAUCUGCGAAUAUUCCAGCGUCCACGACGGGAACCGGUGUAAUCACCGCCGGCGCCGAGAAAUCCGUCCAAGGCAGCAGCGCCAGCAAAACGGAUGGACCCGAUAUCAAUAUAGUUAACGUGCCCGACUAUCCAGAACGUACCGGCAUCAUUGGCGGUCCAGGCAGCAGCAGCAGUACGGGUGGCCUCUCGGCGAUAGCAGCCACAGCAGUGGCGGCGGCACAACGCGCCGGACGUGGCGUACGACCGCCGCCAGUACCAGUGCCUAUACUAGGUGUGCAAUUGCAGCAACAGGAAUUGGCGCAACAACGUAGCGGUGGAUUGCCGGUGCCACAACAAGAUGUCUCGAGUAGUUCAGCACCACAUUCGCCGCGUCGACAAAAGCUGAAUUUGCGCAUGAAAUCGCUAAGCUUGGACUCGCCGGAAUCUACGGAACUGCAUGGUCAAAUACGUCGACGCCAACAGCCGGUCAUUGGGCCAACAACAGUUGUUGGUGGCGGCAGUGGAUAUUAUCAUGGCGGUUCCGGUGGACAUUUGGAGCAUAGUACACCGCCAUCGAAUAAUAGCCGUUUGCAUUCGCCUUCCAGUCCCUCCCAUCAGGGUCGUAAAUUGCUUUAUGCCACGCGUGGCAUGCGCGGCGGCAGCGUCGAUCUGCCCGACGAGAUGGAGAAAUCGCAGUCAUCGGCGAGCACCUCACCAUGCCCCUCACCAAAAUCUCACCGUUUAUUGCCAACGAAUUUGUAUGUCAUUUUAUACAACUUCAAAGCACGUCACGCCGACGAACUGGACUUGAAAGCUGGUUAUAAAGUCACCGUAAUCGAUACCUCGGAUCCAGACUGGUGGCAGGGCAAGCUGCUAGGCCGUGUCGGUUACUUUCCAUCCAAAUAUUGCGUACGCCUGAAUGCCAAUGAGAAACCGUUACAGGUCACACAUAAUUUGCAGGUAUCCGACGGCGAGCGGGGAGAAAACAUGACACUACUGCGAGAUCAAAUCGUUAUACAGGCUGGCGAUGAGGUUAACGGUAUGGUGAUGGUACGCUCUGCAGACAAUCGCCAGGGUUAUUGCCCCGUCAAGUACCUGCAAGAGGUGUGACAGCCAAAAGAGCCGCCAGCUGAACGUGACAAGCCGCAGAAGUCUUCGCUGUCAUCAAAGCUUUUAGAUAAAACGAAACGUAGAAUAAGAAUUGUAGUAUCUGAGAAUGGUGGCAGCGGCACGAGCUACAACAACUUGGGCCGCGAGCCCAGCGCCCCACCUGCUGAACAUGAAAUCAAGAAAAUAAAUAUCGAUUAUCAUAGUGAUUUUGGAGGUACGAGUAAUGAGUACUACGGUGGUUUUGAUGCUGCCACCACCAGUGGCAGAAGUAAAAAUGAUAAGAAUUGGGAAAACUGGGAGCGCAUACGUGAACAAAAAUUGGAGAAAAUGAAAAAUAUUUGCUUUGAAAGUUACCGUCAAUCGAAACGAGAUCGAAUGCAACCGGCUAAACCGAAACCGAAACAACUCGAUCCCACUUGGUAUACAGACAAUAUUUAUUCGAAUCGUUCCGAAGACCUUGAGGAGGACUAUGUGCCAGAGUGCCUAAAAUACGGAACGUAUCGUAAGCUGCGCAACAUACGCGAGCAAGAUGAAUUCUUCGUGGAGGAUGUUUUGGAUGAUGCGGCGCCAGAUGUGGGUGGCAAAGGUAAACGUGGUGAAGGAGAAGGUUCUCCUGGUUAUGGUUUGCAUCGCUCGAUUAGUUGUAAAGAGUUUCAGUAUCCCAAAUCGCAAAGUUGUUAUAUGAUGGGCGGUGGUGCGUCCUAUGAAGGCGGCGGAACCACGUCGAUAUUGAAGAAAACCAAUGUGCCCAAAUCGUAUUCGUUCAGUGCCACAACGUCCAAGACGACACCCUUCGAUGUCAUGGACUAUGAACUGCCGCAAACGGGCGCAACACGCCGCGACAAACAAGAGGCCUUCCGCAAGUCCUCGGGCUACUACUGCAGCAGCAGCCUUGACGAGAGCACGCUAGCGUAUGCAACUCACGAAGCACCGACGUCACCGCCGCCGCCGCCGCCUGCGCCACAACCAUGUUGCGCGCGCGAACACUGCACUAAUGCCAAGUGCCUGCUAGACGAAAUCUACCCGUGCUACCCGGCGGCGGCCGGACGUCGCACAUGGCGCAGCCGUGGCACGCCCGUGGGCAUGUAUGGUGCUGGCGCCAGCGGUGGUAGCAACAGGAACCUACACACCGCCUCCACAUCCGCCGAUUGGAUGGAGGAACGGGAACGCGGUAGCCAUCGUGUGGCAGCGGCUUCGCGCUACUCCAUACACUCGGGACGUGGUCGCGAUCAUGAACGUGAUCGCCACAGCGAUCGCGAGUGCGAGCAGCCACCGCCGCCGCCACCAACGGUCAUUUGUUGUUGUGCCGCCGAUGACUAUUGCUACCACCGCCAGCAACGGCGCCAUAUUGCCAGGUCGCGUUCGCGCCUACACUGUCCCGGCCACCAUCCGGCAGCCGAGGAGGAAGAACACUCACACUGCCGCGCCGUGGCCUACGACACCGAUCUAGAUCAUUUCAUACGUGACGAACGUGAGCGUCUACUUAUGCAAGAUAAAUUCCUCGAUGAAGACGAACGCUAUCUAUCUAAUUCGGGGCCAAGUUUGCACUAUGCCGCGCAAUAUCGACGCCCAGCGCGCAGCAAGUCAUUGUUGGAAGUGCAACCGCCUAGUCGAUAUGACGAUGACACCUGCUCUGACUCCACGGAAAUGGAUCUUGAAGACUUUAAUGUCGACUUAGAGAAAUACUGGGCGGAAUUAGACAAACCACCUAGUCCGGUCGAUCAGGAUAUGCAACGGCGUAAUAUGCAAAGCAAUCUGAAAGCAAAGAAUGUGAGUGUGGGUUGCUACAACAAUGGACAACCGAUUGAUAUGCACGAUCGUGAGCAGGAACGCAUGAUGAUUAAGAAAUCGCUACUUGAGGGCAUGCCCUCUCCACCGCAAGUGGAGUCGUCGGCGCCAGACGGCUCCUCAUUACAUCAUGGCGCCAAUAAUUCUAGUGAUUUUCAUUUUUUUGAACAAGCGGGCUCACCCCUUCACCGCGCCUACAGCUAUGGCCACAAAGUGUACCCGGUCGCGGAUAGCCUACCCUCAUACAAAUACAAUAAUUUCUACACAGAUCACGAGGUGCAGACCAAACAGCCUACGUCCGUUGGGCAUCACCCCUCCGCUAGUGGCCAUUCUGCACUCAGUCUUAUCAACAAUAUAUUUUCCAUUUACAAGCCAAAUAAGUAUUCAGCCCAAAACUGCCAAAUGAAUGUGGAAGCCAAACCUGAGCCUUGCAAAAAAAUGAAUGUCCCGACAACACGUCGUCCCCUCGGUGCAUCGCAUUCCGAAUAUAUGCACACAAUUAAACGACCAAUGUUAGUCAGCACCGAUCAGCCACAAUUCAAGAUUAUACCUGAAAAGACGGGCCUAAAAAUUACACCGUUAUACACUUACGAAGACUAUAUCAUCGAUAAGCCACAGUCGCGUCAUAAAUUGGGUGGCAUGGUGCGUCCGGUGGUGCCUCCGCACUGAUGGUGCUGGACCUUUCCAUGGUAUGGUCACGGUAGCGGCGAUGGCGUCUGGUCAAAAGUAAAUAGCAGUAAACUUGGCACUGUUUAA